AAACUACACUCCCUCUUGCUUAUAGUAAUAAUAUCGCAUUUUGCUCGUUCACGUAUCUUCCUCCUCGUUCCAUUGCUUUCAUAAUGGCCACGCUCAACCUGCCGCCCGUCAUAACCGUAGCAGGGAACCCGAACCUCACCCACAUUCCGCCCAUCUACGCCUUCCGGAAUCUCUCGGCCACCACCACUGACCAGAAGGUCUCUGGUAAUGGAGCUGGGGAAGAUCAAGAGCCGAUCCCCAUCAUUGAUUUAUCCCUUCUGACCUCCGGCACUCCCGAUCAACGUACAGCAGUAGUACUGGACCUUGGAAAUACAUGCCAAGAGUGGGGCUGCUUCAUGGUGAUCAACCACGGGAUUGAUGAGGGCCUGAUGAACAAAAUGAUAGAUAGCUGCAGCGAGUUCUUCAAUCUGGAGCAGGAGGAGAAGAGGCAAUACAAAGGGAAGCACACAUUGGACCCGAUCAGUUGUGGCACCAGCGUCGAUGCCUCCGUCACGGAAGUCUUGUUCUGGAGGGACUAUCUCAGGGUCUUAGUUCACCCAGAGUUUCAUUCUCCAACCAAACCUUCAGGGUUCAGUGAAGUGCUAGCUGAGUUCACUAAAGCCGUCCGACGAGUGGCGAGGGAUCUACUUGGAGGAAUAUCAGAGAGCUUGGGGCUGGACUCUUCUUAUAUAGAGAGAGCUAUGAACCUUGACUUGAGCCUACAGCUCCUUGGCGCAAAUCUAUACCCACCUUGUCCACAGCCCGAGCUUGCAAUGGGAUUGCCCCCUCACACGGACCACGGCCUGUUAACCGUGCUCGUACAUAAUGGGGUCAAUGGGCUUCAACUUCAGCACAAGGGCAUGUGGGUCAAUACAAAUAUUAUUCCGGGUGUUUUAUUUGUCCACGUCGGUGAUCACCUUGAGGUUUUGACCAAUGGGAAGUACAAGAGCGUGGUACACCGAGUGCAAGUGAACAACAAAUCAACAAGAAUUUCGAUUGCUAUGCCACACGGGCCAUCGUUGGACACGGUUGUUAGCCCCGCCCCGGAGUUGCUUGAGAAUGGAUGCCACCGAGCAAAUUAUACAGGGAUGAAAUACAAGGAUUACCUCGAGAUUCAACAUAGGAGCACGCUUCGCGGAAAAACUCGUCUGGAUCUUUUAAAGAUAAAACCUGAAUUAUCGUAAUUUUUUUUUUCAAAAUCUUGCUAAAGUAUAUGGAGUUUAUCUUGCUACGAUAUGACCCGUUUGGAUCUUUUAUUAUGGACUUUGAAUUCUUCGUUGCAUUGAAAAAGGCCCUUUAUCUUAA